AUGGCUGAAACUGGAAAUCGCAAAUGCCGGGGUGUGGACUGCCCUAACGAUGCAGGCACCUUGCAAUGUCCGACAUGUUUGAAGAGCGGUACGGACAGCUUUUUCUGUUCGCAGGACUGUUUCAAGCGCAGCUGGAACGAGCACAAGACCAUUCACAAGAAGAGUAAUUUCCUCACCAAUAUCUUUCCUCCGAAAGUAGUUUCUGAACCAGAUCCAGCUACCGGCACCUUCAAUCCCUACCCGUCUUUCCCUUACAGUGGUUCCUUGAGGCCCGUCUAUCCUCUGUCCGCCAAGCGAACAGUCCCGAAGUCGAUUCCCCACCCGGACUACGCCCGCGAUGGUAUUCCUCGCUCCGAGCAGAAGAUUAUCGGCCGUCACAACAUUACUAUUCUUACUAAGGAGGAGCAGGAGGGUAUGCGCAAGGUUUGCCGUCUGGCACGUGAAGUUUUGGAUGCCGCUGCCCGGGAAUUGAAGCCUGGUGUCACAACCGACUACAUUGAUGAGGUUGUUCACAAGGCUUGUAUUGAGCGUGAUUCUUACCCCUCACCCUUGAACUACAUGAACUUCCCUAAGUCUGUCUGCACCUCCGUCAACGAGACCAUUUGCCACGGCAUCCCUGAUCAACGACCCUUGAAAGACGGAGAUAUCGUCAACAUCGAUGUCACUUUGUAUCACAAGGGAUUCCACGGCGAUAUUAACGAGACAUACUAUGUCGGAGACAAGGCGCUCGCUGACCCCGACGCAGUGCGCGUGGUGGAAACUGCGCGCGAAUGUCUGGACAAGUCAAUUGACCUAGUUAAGCCUGGUAUGCUGUUCCGUGACCCUGGAAAUACCAUCGAGAAGCACGCCAAGACCCGCAAUUGCAGUGUCGUGAAGUCAUACUGCGGUCACGGCAUUAAUCAGCUAUUCCACUGUGCGCCCAACAUUCCUCACUACGCUAAGAACAAGGCCGUUGGUACCGCGAAGCCUGGCAUGUGCUUCACUAUUGAGCCUAUGAUCAACAUUGGUACACACCGUGACCGUACUUGGCCCGACGACUGGACCAGUACCACCCAGGACGGAUCUCUGUCUGCCCAAUUCGAGCACACGCUUCUUGUAACUGAAGACGGUGUUGAGGUACUGACUGCCCGCCUGGCAGACUCGCCUGGUGGAGCCGUUCCUAUGCCCUCCUUAUAA